GAUCAACUUUAAUGUAAUUCAAAUUAUAUUAUUAAAGAGUUCACGUUCAGUUCAACUUAGUUAUUUUCUAUGGUUCAGAUAAUUGUUUUACUUGUAAAAUCGCAUAAUGUUAGCAAGUUGACUUCUGUUGAGUUCAGUAUUGUUUUUUGAGGAAAAGUUUUCAGUGACAUGGUUUCUGUUGCAAUUUAAGUUAGAGUUUGAGAAGCAAAAGAAGUUGCAAAGAGCAUGGAAGCUUUUUGGAACAUGACUUGUGGUUGUUCUUGUUCUGAGACAGGAGGAGAGGCUUUCUGUUAUGAUUUCAAGCUUUUGAAAGAUCCUUCCACCUGCAUCAACCAUCUGUUGACUCUUAUAUUUGAUUUGUUACUUCUGAUCAUGAUAUCACUGGUUAUGAUCCACAAGUCUUUGUCAGGACCAGUUCGGCGGGUGCAAAGGUUAUCAAAGUUGCAGCUAGUUUCUGUCAUAACCAAUGGCUCUCUUGGGAUGUUGCAUUUGAGCAUAGGCAUUUGGGUUUUUGAAGAGCAGUUAAGGAAAACACAUAGUGUUCUCCCUCUAAAUUGGUGGUUGCUAGAGUUCUUUCAGGGAUUCACAUGGAUGUUAGUCGGCUUAACUCUAAGUCUUGAGCUAAAACAAUUUCCAAGAACAUGGUUGUGGGUGUUUUCUACUCUUUUAUUCUUUUUUUCUGGCAUUUUCUGUGCUUUAUCCAUAUCUUAUGCAUUUAGCAGCAGAGAAUUGAACCUCAAGGAAGCUUUAGAUGUUGUGUCAUUUCCAGGAGCAGCUUUACUCCUCUUGUGCACAUACAAAUCAUGCAAAUGUGACGGAGAAGUUGGUGAAAGACUUUAUGCCCCUUUAAAUAGGAACCAAUUCAAUGAAGUUGAUCCUGUUAGCUAUGAAAAUGUGACCCCAUUUGCCAAAGCUGGAUUCUUUAGUAGAAUAUCAUUUUGGUGGUUGAAUCUGUUAAUGAAAAGGGGUCAGGAGAGAACACUUGAGGAUGAGGAUAUGCCAAAGUUACGGGAGUCCGAACGAGCGGAAAGUUGCUAUUUCUUGUUUGUAGAUCAAUUGGACAGACAGAAGCUAUCUGUUUUAUGGACAAUAAUUUUAUGCCACCAGAGAGAUAUUUUGAUAUCAGGUUUCUGUGCUCUGCUCAAGGUACUCUCUUUGUCUUCUUGUCCUAUAAUUUUGAAUGCCUUUGUAUUAGUUUCUGAGGAUAAUGGAAGUUUCAAAUAUGAAGGUUAUGUAUUGGCCAUAGCACUUUUCUUUAUAAAGAUCAUAGAAUCCCUAUCACAAAGGCAAUGGUACUUUCGUACUAGACUUGUUGGUAUGAAGGUUAAAUCACUACUUACUGCAGCAAUUUAUAAAAAACAACUGAGGUUAUCCAAUGCUGCUAGAUUGGUUCACUCUGGUGGUGAGAUAAUGAGUUAUGUGACUGUAGAUGCAUACAGAAUUGGAGAAUUUCCAUUUUGGUUUCACCAGACUUGGACAACGAUCCUCCAACUGUGUAUAGCAGUGGUAAUUCUAAUUCGCGCUGUUGGAUUGGCAACAAUUGCCUCAUUAGUGGUGAUACUUGUCGCUGUUCUUUUCAAUGCUCCAAUAGCGACGUUACAGCAUAAGUAUCUGAGCAAACUGUUAGUGGCACAAGAUGAGAGAUUAAAGGCUAGUUCGGAGGCUCUAGUAAAUGUCAAAGUGUUGAAGUUUUAUGCAUGGGAAAUCCAUUUUAAAAAUGCUAUCGAAAGCUUAAGAAAGGUGGAACUCAAAUGGUUAUCUUCAGUCCUGUUACAAAAAGCAUACAAUGUCAUUAUCUUUUGGUCUUCCCCCAUGUUUGUCUCUGCUGCUACCUUUGGGGCAUGUUAUUUGUUGAAAGUUCCUUUACAUGCAAAUAAUCUUUUCACUUUUGUGGCAACUUUACGUCUUGUGCAAAAUCCAAUUUCAAUCAUCCCGGACCUUAUUGGAGUUGUUAUUCAAGCAAAUAUUGCAUUUACCCGGAUCGUAAAAUUCCUUGAAGCACCUGAGCUGCCGGGGGAAAAUGUCAGAAAUUUGUGCUUUGAUGAGAAGCUCAAGGGCACAAUUUUAAUUAACUCUGCGGACUUUUCAUGGGAAGGUAAUAAUGCAUCAAAGCCAGCAUUAAGAAACAUAAAUCUAAAGGUUAUUCCUGGGCAAAAGAUAGCUAUUUGUGGAGAAGUUGGCUCAGGAAAAUCAACUCUCUUAGCAGCAAUUCUUGGAGAAGUCCCUGUUACUAAAGGAAAUAUUGAAGUUUAUGGGAAGUUUGCUUAUGUUUCUCAAACAUCAUGGAUACAAAGAGGAACAAUACAGGAAAAUAUUUUGUUUGGAUCAGAUUUAGAUGCUCAGAGGUAUCAAGAAACACUUGAUAGGUGUUCACUUGUGAAGGACCUUGAGUUGUUUCCCCAUGGUGACCUUACUGAAAUAGGUGAGAGAGGAGUUAACCUAAGUGGAGGUCAGAAGCAGCGUAUUCAACUGGCCCGUGCUCUUUAUCAGAAUGCUGAUGUAUAUCUCCUGGAUGAUCCAUUCAGUGCUGUUGAUGCACACACUGCCACAAACUUGUUCAGUGAAUACAUAUUGGAGGGACUUAAGGGAAAGACAGUCCUACUUGUGACUCAUCAAGUUGACUUCCUCCCAGCAUUUGAUUAUGUUUUGUUGAUGUCAUAUGGAAAAUCCCUACAAGCUGCCCCUUAUCACCAUCUAUUGAGCUCAAACCAAGAAUUUCAGGACCUAGUCAAUGCUCACAAAGAGACUGCUGGUUCUGACCAGCCUGUAGAUGUUACUUCUUCCCAUGAACAUUCAAAUUCGGAUAGAGAGGUUACACAAUCCUUCAAACAGAAGCAGUUUAAAGCAAUGAAUGGUGAUCAGCUAAUUAAGAAAGAAGAGAGAGAAAGAGGAGACACAGGGUUCAAGCCUUAUUUACAGUAUCUGAAUCAGAGCAGAGGAUACAUGUACUUCUCUGCGAGUGCUCUUUCUUUCCUUAUGUUUUUGACUUGCCAGAUAAUUCAAAACUCAUGGAUGGCUGCUAAUGUUGACAAUCCCCAUGUCAGCACGUUGCAAUUGAUUCUAGUUUACUUGAUGAUUGGAAUUGGUUCCACAAUUUUCUUGAUGACUAGAAUUUUUCUUGCUGUUGCUUUGGGUUUUCAAUCAUCAAAAUCAUUAUUUUCACAGUUAAUGAACUCCCUUUUACGUGCACCAAUGUCUUUUUAUGACUCCACACCUUUGGGAAGGAUACUUAGUCGGGUCUCAGUAGAUUUGAGCAUUUUGGAUCUUGAUAUCCCACUUAGCCUCACUAAUGCUGUGGGAGGUUUUAUAGGCUAUUAUGCUGAUCUUAUAGUUUUAACAGCAAUCACUUGGCAAGUCUUGUUUAUCUCUAUACCAAUGGUAUAUAUUGUUAUACGCUUACAGAGACACUACUAUGCAUGUGCAAAAGAAUUUAUGCGGAUGGAUGGCACAACAAAAUCCUCUGUAGCUAAUCAUGUAGCUGAAACUGUUGCUGGAUCUAUGACAAUAAGGGCAUUUGAGGCAGAAGAUCGUUUUUUCAAGAAGAAUCUUGAUCUAAUCGAUGCCAAUGCAAGUCCUUUCUUCCAUAGUUUUUCCUCAAGUGAGUGGUUGAUCCAAAGAUUAGAAACAGUCUAUGCAAUUGUUCUUGCCUCCGCGGCACUUUGCAUGGUCAUGCUUCCACCUGGGACUUUAACCUCUGGAUUUAUUGGCAUGGCUCUAUCUUAUGGCCUUUCACUAAAUUCUUCCUUAGUAUAUUCAACUCGAUGCCAAUGCAUUUUAGCAAAUCACAUAGUAUCUGUUGAGAGACUAAAUCAAUAUAUGCAUAUACCAACUGAGGCCCAAGAAGUCAUAGAAGGAAAUCGUCCUCCAGUUAAUUGGCCAGUUGCAGGCAAAGUAGAAAUACAGGAUUUGCAGAUACGAUACAGGCCUGGCGGGCCACUUGUAUUACAUGGUAUCACAUGCAACUUUGAAGGAGGGUGCAAGAUUGGUAUUGUUGGUAGAACAGGCAGUGGAAAGUCUACUCUUAUAAGUGCUUUAUUUCGUCUUGUGGAGCCAGCUGGAGGAAAAAUUAUAGUUGAUGGCAUAGACAUCUCUUGUAUUGGCCUUCAUGAUUUGAGAUCAAGCUUUGGAAUUAUACCUCAGGACCCUACCCUUUUCAUUGGAACAGUUAGAUAUAAUUUAGACCCUUUAUCUCAACACUCUGAUCAAGAAAUAUGGGAGGUUCUUCGCAAGUGUCAGUUGCAAGAUGCUGUCAAGGAUAAAGGUGGCUUAGAGUCUUCAGUUGUUGAAGAUGGAUCAAACUGGAGCACCGGACAAAGGCAGUUAUUCUGCUUAGGACGCGCUCUUUUGAGGAAGAGUAGGAUAUUGGUGCUGGAUGAAGCAACUGCAUCAAUUGAUAAUGCAACUGAUUUGAUUCUGCAAAAGACAAUCAAGACUGAAUUUGCAGAUUGUACAGUCAUCACUGUAGCCCACAGGAUACCAACCGUGAUGAAUUGCACUAUGGUUCUUGCCAUCAAUGAGGGAAAGCUAGCGGAGUAUGAUAAACCAAUGAAGUUGAUGAAGAGAAAAAGUUCGUUGUUUGCGCAACUUGUUAAGGAAUACUGGUCCCAUUUGCAGUCUGCAGAAUCACAUUGAUGAAGAAAUUAGCAGUGCCACAAACAAUGGACUGUGCCAAAACAAAGAGUAAUAAAUCAUGCUUCUCUGUACUAGAAGAUCUCAAACAUGCACUUCACAUGCGUUUGCAGAUUAAGGCCGUGAAGAGUCACUCAAAGUCUCAAAGUACCUUGGUCUUCCAACAUUUUCAGUUGUAGUUAAUUAGUUAGUUGGUUAGUUACAAUACUUUGUGAUGGUUGCCUCUCAAACUUGCUCUGUUGUCUUUGUAAUUCUAUAAUUAUAUUUUCAAUUAGACAGGAAAUUUUUAAUCCCUAUUAGCCAAGUAUAUUUGGAGGAUCCUAGAGAGAGUGGAUUCACUUUAUCGAAAUGCUAUGAGGCAAGGUAUUUUCCAAAAACUGA